GGAAAGGAGGGAGAGGAAGGAGGAGGAGUAGAAAGAUCCGGAGGAGAUGGGAAAAAAGUUUGAAAGAAGAAGAGAGAGGUUCCAGCGGCCGGUUCGAGCACACAGGGAAUAAGCGGCUCUGCGAACAGGAACGAGAGACUGUGCGCGCGGGGAUUUUGCACUGCUGCCGGGGAGCCGCUGGGCACGCGCCUGCUCCUGUGUGUGUGUGCGUGUGUGCGUCGUCGGGCGGAUUCGACGCGCGUGACUCCACGAUGAGGAGCGACCCUGUUGUGUUCACUUCCAGCCGGGCGAUGGAGGAGCUGGUGUGUGAGCUUCGUCUGUUCCUGGACCUGCUGGACAGGGAGUACCUGAGUGCCGGGGUCCGAGAGAAGAAGAUGCACCUCUCCAAAAUCCUCCACAGAGUCCUCUCGGACAAAGAGCCUUCAUUCAAGUCAGAGAUCCACAGCGGUCUGCCGGCCCCACCUCAGAUGCCCCUCCCUGCGAUCCCUCAUCCCUGGCUGUCUUCAAACAACGGCCCCCCUCCCCUGCCCAGCUCCUCUCUGCCUGAAGGCUACUAUGAGGAAGCGGUUCCUUUAAGCCCUGGGAAAGCUCCUGAGUACAUCACCUCCAACUAUGACUCCGACGCCAUGAGCAGCUCCUACGAGUCGUACGAUGAGGAAGAGGAGGAUGGGAAGGGCCAGAAGAUGCGUCACCAGUGGCCGUCUGAGGAAGCGUCCAUGGAUCUGGUGAAGGACUCCCGCAUCUGUGCAUUCCUGCUGCGCAAGAAACGCUUUGGCCAAUGGACCAAGCUUCUCUGUGUCAUCAAAGAUAACAAACUGCUGUGUUACAAGUCCUCCAAAGACCACACCCCUCAGAUGGAGCUGAGCCUGUCUGGCUGCAGCAUCACUCACAUCCCCAAGGACGGCAAGAAGAAGAAGCAUGAGCUGAAGAUCGUCCACCAGGGGGCGGACGCCCUGGUGCUGGCUGUGCAGAGCAAAGAACAGGCCGAGGAAUGGCUCAAGGUGAUGCGAGAGGUCUGUGUUAAUGGAAGUGUAGACUUGGAUGGGGCUGGAUCUGGAUCGCCUGUGCACAGACCUGAACUGGAAAAGAAGGCAUCCUGUGACAGGCCGAGCUCCGACGGAGAGGCGGUCCACGAGAACGGACACAGCGACUGCAAGGACCAAGGAAAAGGGAAGAAGAACUCAAAGUCGGAGCACAAGACAGGGACGGUGGGGAAGGGUGCAGGGAAGAAGAUUACUAAGAUCAUCGGCCUGGGGAAGAAGAAGCCGUCGACGGAUGAGCAGACCUCGUCGGCAGAGGAAGACGUACCCACAUGUGGCUACCUGAACGUGUUGUCCAACAACCGCUGGCGGGAGCGCUGGUGCCGCCUGAAGGACAACCAGCUGCUCCUCCACAAGGACCGGGACGACCUGAAGAGCCACAUCGCCUCUCUGCCGCUGCGAGGCUGCGAGGUCAGCCCCGGCCUCGACCACAAGCACCCCUUCGCCUUCCGCCUGCUCCGCAACAGCCAAGAGGUGGCGGUGCUGGAGGCUUCCUCCUCUGAGGAGCUGGGUCGCUGGUUGGGGGUUUUAUUGGCUGAGACUGGUUCCACCACUGACCCAGCCACUCUGCACUAUGACUACAUCGAUGUGGAGACCACUGCCAACGUCAUCCAGCUGGCCAAGCAGUCCUUCUGUUUCACCAGUAAGCGUGCUGUCUCACCUAACCCAUACCUGGACAACCCAGUCAACGGCUACGCCUGUCCCACUGGAAUGGCUCUGCAUUAUGAUGAUGUCCCCAUUAACGGAAUGGACCCCGAGGCGCUGCACUCCAGUCCCAGCACAGGGGGGCGCCAGCUGAAAGGGGAGAUGCACUAUGAGAAUGCUGAACUCUACGAUAACAUGCCCUCACCCAAGCUGGCCUCUCGCUUUCCUCCCAAGCCUUCCUCCUCUCCUGCUUCCUCUUCCUCCAAGUCUGCCGGUCACUACAAAACCCCUGUUUCUAAAGUCUCCUCUAAACUCCUCCCUGCUACUAAAACUAAAGCCACUGCUCAGCUGAAGGGAAAGAAGGGUGCAGCGACCAAUGGGGUGGCAUCCAAACAGAAGGCGGAGCCAAAGAACCAGUCCAAGAAGAAUGGAGUCAAUGGGACCAAUGGGACGGCCUCUCUGAAACGCAACAACUCCAAUGCGGAGCAGUGCAAGUACGGGAAGAACCGCGUGGAGGCCGACGCCAAGCGGCUGCAGACCAAGGAGGACGAGCUGAUGAAGAAGAAGCAGGAGAUCAGGAGCCAUCUGACGCAGCUGAAGAAGGAGAGGACAGACCUGCGCACUGCUGUGGAGGCCGCUGCCGGCAAACGUUCUCAUGGUUCCCUGACGGAGCGGCUGAAGAAGGUGGAGGAGCAGUGCCGGCAGAAGGAGGAGGAGAGGGUGAACCUGGAGCUGGAGCUGACAGAGGUGAAGGAGAGCCUGAAAAAGGCGUUGAGCGGAGGGGUCACUCUGGGCCUCACCAUCGAACCAAAAGCUGGCUCCUCUGGCCUCCAGUCACCAGCAAUGCUGCGACGGACACAGGAGUCGUCUCCCUUCUCCAGCUGCGAAACCAGUGACACAGAGUCCUGCUCCCUGCCGGUCAACAGCGCGUCGCUGCUCCGCCGGCAGCAGGCUGGUCAGAAGGCGCCCACAGUUCGGGGACACGUCCUCAGGAAGGCCAAGGAAUGGGAGCAGAAGAGCGGCACAUAAACCACUCACCGCCUCACAUCACUCUUUCUUUCAUUCCUUUGUUUUCUUUUUAAAAAUAUUGUCUAUAUAUUUAUUUAAAUUACAGUCCGAGAGUGUUGAGGAGGACACAGUCAUUCACAUGAACUAAACGAGGGGCUGCUUUUAGUAUACUGUAAGUACCACAGCAUACAGACAUAGCAAACUUUUCCAACCCUUAUUCUAUCGAGCCUGCUUAGUAAACUAAGUUGUGCAACGUUUGUUGUCCGCUGCACUUUUCUUUUUUUAAGCAAACACCUUGUGUUGUUUUAUUUCAAUUCAGAAUCUGUUCCAGCAGUUUGGCUUGAAAAGGAUCUAAAGUCAAAACCAAGUAUUUAUUUGUAAAUGUUUAAAGGAAAUACUACCUUCCCUUUGUUUAUUUAUGUUGAUAUAUUUAAAGUUUUUUUUUUUCUUUUGUAGCAUUUGUGGCAAACAGAGGUCACGUUUUAAGGGUCAGAAUAAUCGUGACACACACCAGCUGAGAGUAACGGCACAGCUCCGUGCUAAAGGGCUAUUUCAAGAAGCAGAAUUCUCCUCAGCAUCAUUCAGAUAACAGCCCCCUUAUGAAACCACAUUUAAAUUCACUAGAUCCAUAUUUUCAUUUGGAUCUGCACCAAAUUAUACUCAUAGAUAUCAGUUUCCCUAAAUGUCUGGGUUUUUUUUCAUCAAAACUCAUGAACGUUAAAGAAAGUGAAAAAAUUCAUGCAAAGCAUCAUGGAAAACCACAUCCUGUGGCUGAACUAUAGAAGCAGUUCAGGGAAACAGCAUUUAUGUGUAUUCUGCAGUAAUUCUGGAUUUAAGGAGGAUAAAACUUCUUUUGACAGAAGCUCACAAUAUUCUUUUUUUUUUAAUUAGUCAAUAAGUCACAGGUCCUGUUGGCCUAGAUUCAAACUGAGGACUUAGUGUUCCAUGCACAGGUGCCUACGGAUACCGAUUAAAAUGUAUUAAUAUAUAUUGGUAAAACGAAAAUAUAAAUAUUACCAAAUAUAUAGAACUUAACUUAAGAAAAUAAAUUCUUAUAUAUUAAAUAAAAUCCACAUGAUUUGUGCAUGUAAAAUAACAGUUCUCAUUUCAGUAAAAAUAAAUCGUAAAGAGAGCGAAACAGUGCCCCCCCUCAUUUAGAAUUAACAGAAAUACAUUUCCCAUUCAUUUUCUCUAUUGACGUUUCACAGAGAGUGAAGGAACUACACAUCCCAUAAACCAUUGAAAAAUAUCCCUUUCCCAGUGUUUUGCUUCUUAAAUUUAACCUUGUUGUUAAUAUAGUGUUACAAUAAAUUAUAGUUUGUGUCUGUGUAGUGUAGUAACCUACUGCUAAGCUAGCUCUUGUCUUUCUCUUACUGAUACAGUGCGACCCCCAGUGGACUGAUUAGGAAUAGCAGCUACUUUUAUAGAAAUGCAAUUUAUGUCUUUCUGUAAUUUUCACACUUAGCAAAGUCAUCCGGCGGGCCGAGCUGGACCCCCUGGCGGGCCGGAUCCGGCCCGCGGGCUGUAUGUUUGACACCCCUGAUUUAGACGAUCCGGUCAUCUGGUACAAAGUUUAACUCUCUGACCUGUGAUCCAGCCUCACAUAAAGUUCUGGUUGUAUUCGUCUAAUGUCUGACAUAUUCAAAGAACAUGAUUUGGUUUGUGAUCAGAGUGUCUUUCCUUGAAUUCUGUCACUGUUUUUUUAGCAAAUAAUAUUAUUCAGUAGGAAAUGGGUCCAAAUAAAACCAUUAGUAGAAUAACAUUAGAUACAACUAUUUGAACCGCGCCGCCUUAAUUUUUACAUCUAUAUUUUCUGGACCUGCAGGUUUGACUGAAUAGGAUUCGACGUGAAAUUGUUAUAAUAGUGAUUUAUUCAUAACAAAUUCAUAUUCUGUAUUGGCCCAGUUCACAAAAAUACAAUCACAUCUCACCUCAACACAAAACCAACAGAACAUGACGUCCGACCAAUUAAUGAAAACAAGUUAGCUAUAAAGUAGUCAGACAGUAGCUGCAGCUUUAGCAAGCGACAGCUGUGAAUGUCCAUGUUAAAACAAAGCAAAUGUAAAUCGUUUGAUUAAUGGCUCACUACCUGCCAAUAACUAAAACAUGUGGUUUCCUUUCAUAAUCAGCCAGUGCAGCUUUAAUCACACUGUCUUACAGUCACCUCGAGUAAUUGUGCUUCUUGAAAUAGCCCCUGAGUUUGACCAUUGGAUUGGAUUUCUAACUCUGUGUGUGUGUGUGUGUGUGUGUGUGCGUGUGCGUGUGUGUCGGAAGGUUAGGUCAGGCCAGGCAUGGGCGUGGCCACCCUUACAUUUGGCGUUACCAUCGGAAAAACUCAGAAACCUUAACUGACAUGGCGACUCGCUCCUCUGAGCUCCAGUCCAGCUCCUGUGAUCACACCACUGCUCGUGUGUGUGUGUGUGUGUGUGCGUGUGCGUGUGCGCGUGCGUCGUGUGUGUGCGUGCGUGUGUGUGUGUGUGUGUGUGUGCUUGAAUGUCUGCAAGGCACAUUCCAAACCCAUCACAAUACACUGACUGAAACAGGGAUACUUGCUGUAAACUCUAAAUCAUCUUCUACGGAAGACUGUGACAUCCUUAGACUCACACACACACACACACACACGCACUCAUCACUUGUCAACGGUGCUUUCUUUGAUAAAUCCUUUUUGCUCGACUGCCUAUGCUUUGCUGCCAUGUAGAUUGCUCUGUGCAGCACGCGGGGUGCUCAGUCUUGUACAUAUUGUCCUGUCCCCUUCCCGCCCUUCAGAUGAGAGCCACACCGCUCUGCGAGCUGUAGAGAGUAGUUGGCACAUCAGCAUGGAGACGGGCGCGUAGGGGACUUGUGUCUACUAAGUGUUUAGCUGGUUGUGACCCCGUCAACUUGGCGGGGCGUGUAACCGAGCAUGAUGUCUGAUGUCAGUCAAUGUGAACCUGCUGUACAUACAGUAGCUUGUGGGAGAGGGUGGGUGGGGGUGCGGGGGAAGGGGGGGUGAGUACGGAUGCAUGCAUCAGUGUUUGUUUUUGCACCUUAUAUGUUUUCUACUCUUUUUUUUUUUUGUAUAUCUCAGACGGUCCCCACCUCGGUGACAGACACGCUUGUACAUAAAUGAAAAAUAAACUCCUCUGACAAACCGC